CACAUAGCCAAGCUGAGGGCCCGGCACACUUCUCACCCUCUUCGCUCCCCGUCCAUUCCUUUGCUGCCUCGUUCUUUUUUUGGCCAGCGCUCUGUCUCGUCGGCAGAGUCUUAUGUUCUCGUGCUCCUUCUUGCCCAUUCCUCCCCCUGUCCUGCCUUUCCGAAAUUCCCUGUUUCGCGUAGGCCAAUCACUCGCGUGCCGGUUAUCGAUACCCUUCAUCUUCCCGACUCUCUGUGCAGUUCGCCCGAACACAACACGCGAGAUACCCUUCUAUCAUGUUUUGAAGAGGGCACGAGGACUGGCACACUCCCCCCUCCCUCCCUCUCCCUCCCCCUCCCCCUAAUAUCAUGUUGCGACGGAUAAUACGGCCCGCGCGACGGCUGCCGGUCUGGCUCCUGCUCUCCGUCGCCUCCCCCUUUAUCCUCGAAGCCGUUCUGCACGCGUGGCGGUACGCGGUGCCCCGACCCGCCAGCGAACUCGACACUCCCUUCUUCACCACGUGCCAAGAGCCCGACGUCGCUGCGAAGCGCGAGAAUGCCGCCCUGGUUAUGCUUGCGCGAAACCACGAGCUCACAAAAGCCAACAAGACCAUCACCUCCAUCGAGAAGCAUUUCAACAAGUGGUUCAACUACCCCAUCAUCUUUCUAAACGACGAUCCCUGGGAUCCGAGGUUCAUCGAGGUCCUCAACGAGACGUCUCGAGGACUCGCCACCUUCGAGGUCAUACCGAAGCAGCAAUGGACCUUUCCCGAAGGCGUCGACGUGGCGGCGGCGAAGGAGAAUAUCAGAGACCAGGGCCAGAGAGGGAUCCCCCAUGCCGGGGAGGAGGGAUACCAUCACAUGUGCCGUUUUUAUUCGGGCAAAUUCUACCAGCUCGACGUCCUGAAAAAAUACAAGUGGUACUGGCGGUUAGAACCUGACGUAGAUUUUACCUGCGCCAUCACAUACGACCCCUUUGUGCAGAUGGCGCGGCACAAGAAGGUGUACGGGUUUACGAUCGCGCUAUGGGAGGUGGGAAAGUCGUGUCCCGGCCUGUUCCGCUCCGUCUCCGACUGGAAGGAGAUGAUGGGCAUACCCUCGACAAACCUAUGGAAGGCUACGAUCUCGGCCUCGUGGGUGCCGUUCCCCUUCCGACGAUUUCUCAGCUGGCUACCUCACCGCGACGCCUACGGCGACGAAUGGAGCCUAUGCCACUAUUGGAGCAACUUCGAGAUUGCCGAUAUGGAUUUCUUCCGGACCAGAGCGUACCAGGACUUGUUCGAUUACCUAGACAAGAAGGGCGGUUUCUACUUUGAACGGUGGGGUGACGCAGCGGUGCACUCGCUCGCUGUGGCGAUGCUUCUGGACCCCCGGAAGGUCCACCAUUUCGAGGACUUCGGAUACCGACACGCCCUCCUAUACCAAUGUCCAGCCAACGCGCCAGGGGGCCAGCUCCCCGAUUCCCCGUUGCUGGGAAGCGGUGCUUGGGCGCCGGAGAUGGAUCACGGAGUCGGAUGCCGCUGCGAAUGUGACGGUCGGACGACGUUGAAUUUCCCGCCCUACUGCUUGAAUAAGCUCAAGCAGCCUACCACCGUGAAGCGGCCGUGGUUCUCUUGGCUCUAGCGCCAUGUUUGAACGGCCGCCGAUCGGCUACACGGCGG